CUCUUUUCCUAUUAGAAGCAGCCAGCUGAUCACUCGAGACAGAAUGAGAUCUUUCCUCCUAGCCAUUGCGAUCGUGCAGAUCCUGCAAUGUUUAGGUGUACCGAGCCCUGAGGCUGCACUGAGAACAUCGCUUAUGAAGCUGAACGAAAUGACUGACACCCCCAAUCUCUGCGGUGUUACCGAGGGCCAACUGAGAGAUAUUUCACCUACCGGAAAGUUCUCCUACAACGUGGACUUGGCAUUUUCAGUCCGAGAAACCGUGUGCUCCAAAAAUUCUGGGCUGGAAUUCGACAAUCCUACCUGCCACUUCCGGCAUGCACAGGCCGCGGAGAAAGGGGUUUGCAAAAGUCGUGUUAAGUAUUUAGCUGGUAAGGUGGUGGGCGUUGAUGUGGAGUGUCAGGGCUUGAGGAAGGUGAAGAGCAACAGUGAUUCAUUGGAAUCGAAUGAAAGCUGGAUAAAGAUGUAUACCAAGUCUAGAAAAGCCAAGUCCAGAGAAACUGAGUCCAGAGAAGACCAUUCCAGAGAUAUUGAGUCCAGAGAAGCCGAGUCCAGUGAAGACCACUCUAGAGAUAUCGAGUCCAGAGAAGCUGAGUCCAGAGAAGACCACUCUAGAGAUAUCGAGUCCAGAGAAGCUGAGUCCAGAGAAGACCACUCCAGAGAUGUUGAGUCCAGAGAAGACCACUCCAGAGAUGUCGAGUCCAGAGAAGCCGAGUCCACAGAACUUGAGUCCAGAGAAGAUGAGUCGAGAGAAGCUGAGUCUAGAGCAUCCAAGAUUAGAACAGCCAUAUACAGGGCAGCCAAGUCCAGAACAGUCAAAUCUCCAAGAGCCAAGUCGGUAGAGUCCAGAGAGUUUGAUUCCCUAGAGUCCAGAGAAGCCGAAUCCACUGAGGUUGAAUCCAAUGAAACUUCACUUGAGAUUUCCAACGACUGCUCACGAGCCAGAUGCUAACAGCGAAUGAAGUUUCUGAAGGCCACCCUCGGUAUGAACACAACCUAUGGCUCUCAGAUGAAAAUUGUCCUGAAUGUGCUUUGUUUAUUCUUGCACAAGAGGGUAACCAGACUUGCAAUGUAUAAAAAGUGUAAAUUCUGUGAUUUGUAAAUAUUCUGCCUUUCUGAAGUGCAUUGUUGUC